GGUGCUUACACCUUGGCCGCAGCGGCAGGUCCCUCCACGUGCUUUCGGCGGCGACAUGGAGCUGGAGGAGUUGGGGGUCCGAGAGGAAUGUGGCGUGUUCGGGUGCAUCGCCUCAGGAGAGUGGCCCACGCAGCUGGAUGUGCCGCAUGUGAUCACUCUGGGACUCGUGGGGCUGCAGCACCGGGGUCAGGAGAGUGCCGGUAUUGUGACUAGUGACGGGAGUUCAGUGCCAACAUUCAAAUCACACAAGGGAAUGGGUCUUGUAAAUCACGUCUUUACUGAAGACAAUUUGAAAAAAUUGUAUGUUUCAAAUCUUGGAAUUGGACACACAAGAUAUGCCACUACAGGAAAAUGUGAAUUAGAAAAUUGUCAGCCCUUUGUUGUUGAAACACUUCAUGGGAAGAUAGCUGUGGCACAUAAUGGCGAAUUGGUAAAUGCUGCUCGAUUAAGGAAAAAGCUUCUGCGUCAUGGUAUUGGUCUGUCCACAAGUUCUGAUAGUGAAAUGAUUACCCAGUUACUGGCGUAUACCCCUCCUCAGGAACAAGAUGACACCCCAGACUGGGUAGCCAGGAUUAAAAAUUUGAUGAAGGAAGCACCCACAGCAUACUCCCUGCUUAUAAUGCACAGAGAUGUUAUUUAUGCAGUACGAGAUCCUUAUGGAAAUCGUCCCUUAUGCAUUGGUCGUCUUAUUCCAGUGUCUGAUAUAAAUGACAAAGAGAAAAAAACAUCAGAAACAGAAGGAUGGGUGGUGUCUUCAGAAUCUUGUAGCUUCUUAUCUAUUGGUGCAAGAUAUUACCGUGAAGUCUUGCCUGGAGAAAUUGUGGAAAUAUCCAGACAUAAUGUCCGAACUCUUGAUAUUAUAUCAAGGUCUGAAGGAAACCCAAUGGCUUUUUGUAUCUUUGAAUAUGUUUAUUUUGCAAGACCAGACAGUAUGUUUGAAGACCAAAUGGUUUAUACAGUAAGAUACCGUUGUGGCCAGCAGCUAGCGAUUGAAGCACCUGUGGAUGCAGAUUUGGUCAGCACUGUUCCAGAAUCUGCUACACCUGCUGCUCUUGCUUAUGCAGGAAAGUGUGGACUUCCAUAUGUGGAGGUGCUGUGUAAAAACCGAUAUGUAGGGAGAACCUUCAUUCAGCCAAACAUGAGGUUAAGACAACUUGGUGUUGCAAAAAAAUUUGGAGUAUUGUCAGACAACUUUAAAGGCAAAAGAAUUGUUCUUGUAGAUGAUUCAAUUGUGAGAGGCAAUACCAUCUCACCUAUAAUAAAACUGCUCAAAGAAUCUGGUGCAAAAGAGGUACACAUUCGAGUAGCUUCACCACCAAUUAAAUAUCCAUGCUUCAUGGGAAUAAACAUUCCUACAAAAGAAGAGCUCAUUGCCAAUAAACCAGAAUUUGAUCACCUUGCAGAAUAUCUAGGAGCAAACAGUGUUGUGUAUCUGUCAGUAGAAGGACUGGUUUCAUCUGUACAAGAAGGGAUAAAGUUUAAAAAACAGAAAGAGAAAAAGCAUGAUAUUAUGAUCCAAGAAAAUGGAAAUGGCCUGGAAUGUUUUGAAAAGAGUGGUCAUUGUACAGCUUGUCUCACUGGAAAAUAUCCUGUAGAAUUGGAAUGGUAGCUGGUAGGGUUGGAUGUGUGUAGUUUCAAGAUAGAAAGUUGGUCAAGAAGUUAUAGUGGUCACACCUCAUCUAUUUACUGUUACUCAGUUGGUACAAUGUAAAAUGCCAUGCUUAUGUUUACCUUUAUAAGUUUGGAGAUUUUUUUUUUUUUUUCUGAAAAGGAUACCAAAGUGCGAUAACUGAACAUCUCUAAUUGCAUAUAAUACAACAACAUGUGGUGUUCUUUUUUUUACACAAGCAUCGGCUAGCCUUUUUUACCUGGUCAGAGAAGGCAGGUGGUCACUGACAUUUGCCAAGUCCGUGCUUUAAAGGGUCUGCAAGAAGUUAGAGU